CAGUGUGUGUGUUAUUACGUACAUUGUGUGUGUGAUUGUGUACAUUGUCUGUGUGUGAUUGUGUACAUUGUCUGUGUGUGAUUGUGUACAUUAUGUGGGGCUCCUUGAGCUAAUGGGACAACUGGGGAUUGCUUGGGAUAAUGAGACCGAGAUGCAUGGCAGAGACAUAGAUGACAUAUUGAGGCUGAGACCCAGAGGUACACAACCUCAGUAUGUACACAGCUGUAGGCAGUGAAAGCAACUCUUGUGAAGGAGCUGCUUGUACCCUGAUGCCAUUGACCAAUAAACGCUUUAAAUUAUAUAAUUCUAAAUUAACGUUUUUAUUGAAAGUCAGUGGCGUGCUUAUUUUUAUUUUUUCUCUAUCUUGUAUUGCUGCUAUCGUAGUUUGUUUUUAUUGUUUGCUGUUGUAACUUUGCUGACCCGCCCAUAACUUGACAUUUGCGACAAAGAGCUUCUCGGUUUCCUCCGGUCCGAAUCAAGAUUUUGAUUCUGAUUUAUCGCUGUGUUCCUGUUCAACUGUGAAUUACAGGUGGAUCUUCUGCCGUAUUCGUGAAAACGAUGUCUUACUACGGCUAUUCUCCAGAGACGUACGACCCUCGCUGGGAGGAGAGGUCAGUGAUGAACAAGGUGCAGCAGAAGUACUGGAAGACCAAGCAGACGCUCAUCCGGGUCACAGGCAAAAAGGAGGAUGAGUUUGUGGUGGCAUCCGACUCCGACCUUGACAGGAAACUCGAGGUCUUCCAGGAUGUCCAGAGGUCGUGUGUGGAGCUUCUCAAAGUCAUAGAGCUGUAUCAGAGGCGGCUUGGAGCGCUGUCGGAAGAGGAGAACGACAUGGGACACUUUCUGAAGCACCAGGGAUCGCAGGAGCAGACGAGGGCUGGGAAAAUGAUGCUGGCCACGGGGAAGGCUCUGUGCUUCUCCUCCCAGCAGAGGCUGGUGUUGCACCACCCCCUGAUGCGACUACACCAGGAGGUGGAGACGUUCCGCUACCGCGCCAUCUCCGACACGCUCAUCACCAUCAACCGCAUGGAGCAGCAGCGCACCGAGUACCGCGGAGCGCUGCUCUGGAUGAAGGACGUGUCGCAGGAGCUCGACCCAGACACCUACAAGCAGCUGGAGAAGUUCCGCAAGGUGCAGACACAGGUGCGGGUGUCGAAGGGCCGCUUCGACAAGCUGAAGAAUGACGUGUGCCAGAAGGUAGACCUGCUGGGCGCCAGCCGCUGCAACCUGCUGUCCCACACGCUGGCCACGUACCAGACCUCCUUGCUGCACUUCUGGGAGAAGACGUCCAGAACAAUGGCCGCCAUCUACGAGAGCUACAAAGACUACCAGCCGAUGUACAAGGCUACGGACAAGCCCGGCGUGCCAGGCCAUGGAAAGAAAUCUGCAAAGGAGACAGUGGGAGCGGGGGAGAAAGUGGACGGCGAGGAGCAACGAGACGCCACCGGGGAUGACGAUGAGUUGAUCUGUUUGGGAGAAGACGGUUCCAUGGGCAAGGCAGCUGCCGAUGGGGCCGAUGGCACCGGCUCGGGCGGUGCGCUGGAUCUCACCGACCUGGGCCACGCUCUGGCUGGCACUCCCGCCGGGGCCCGCGACGUGCUGUAUCACUCGGCAGACGGCGAACGGGAUGUGAUGUCGCUGCUCAACGACAUCCUCAACGCUGGGGCGCCGGGCGAGGAGGGGGAGAGCGGGGGCUUCAGCCGGCAGUGGUACGAUGUGUUCGGCGAUGACGGCGGCCCAGCAGGGGAGACCUGGCCGCAGCAGUCCAGGCAGCAGCAGCGGCAGGGCGCCACGGCUCUGACUGCGACGGCGCCCGGAGGCCCAGGUUCGAACCCUGAUGGGCCUCCCGCCCCGGGACCCACGGUGGGCGGGUUCCUCCCGUCGCAGCUGCUGGACAUGAGCUCGCGGAACGAGGGCUCCGCCCGGCCGGGUUGGUCCCUUCCAAGUAACAGAAAGCAGUUUUCAGCCACAUCCCAGGCCGAUGCCCACACAGGACUGGGUCAUGCCACAGCCAAACCGAUUGUGGACGGUGCUGGCAAGCCCGGAAAGGACAUGUCGGCGUGGUUCAACCUUUUCGCCGACCUCGACCCGCUGCAGAAUCCAGACGCCAUCGGCCGCACCAGCGAGGACCAGGAGCUGAUGAAUGCAUGAGAGCGCUACCGGCCACCGGCCCCUGACCCCCGACACCCAAACACCGACAGGAGUUUCCCCCGUGACGUCGUUUUCCAGGAACGCCUGCUUAUUGUUAGCGGCGCUCCCAAGUCGAAGCCGAGGUUUGACCUGGAGGGAGGCCGAGUCGCGUCGGGGCUCUGCCUCUAAGGGUGAUGGGCCCCACUGAUCUGUGUGCCUGUAGUCAGGAGUCUUGUCGGGAGAGGGGCGGUGCGAUGGGGAGAGAAGGGCGCUGCGGUGCGGGAGACUGGUGAUCCAAAGAGGAGAGGGGGGUGGUGUGGAAGAAGCAGUAAUAAGAGGGGGUGGGUAACAAGCUAAUAAGGGCAGACCGCCCACACCUACACCCUCAAUGUGAAACUCAAUAACUGGGUUUUAAGAGGGAUACGGAACCCCCCCCCCCCCCAAGUUCUCCAUAGAAUCGCUGCCGGUAGCAGAAAACGCUUUGUCAAAAGCCCCCAGGGAAGAUAGACGGCACGCUUCCACAGUAGAGCGCACCGCUGGGCUAGAUGCGCACACUGCACCGCGCUGUGACAUAAUUAGUUGAAUGCACUGAUCAUACACGCUCACUUUCGCUAUAGGAUGGUGUUUUCAAACAAGCCCUUUUGACGUGAGAAUAUAAAUUGUAUUGACGCAACCAUUUUUACCGAACACGUCUUUUUUUUAUAAGACGAAAAAAUUUAGAUUGCAAUAGUUUAAAACUGGUUUUACAUGAACGGUAAGGUUCCGUCAAAUUUGGUUGCACCAAAACUGGUUUGUGUUCGCCAAUGUGAAAACGGCAUCGUCGCAAAUUCUCACUGCAAGUGUGGUGGCGCUGCAGGUGAUGAAGCAGUAACAUUAGGCUUGUAACAAAUCAAAAUGUCAAGAUUCAUUACCACCGUUCACUUGAAGAAUCUAUUAUUUAUUCAGUCUCGUGUGUGUUGUCCGUCUAGUUGUUUUUCCAUUUGCCAAAGUGUUACAUUUGCCUAUCAUUUACAUGGAAUUUGCAUAACCCGUAAACAUUUGCUUCUCACACGCGCGAGUUGAUGCAUGUGUUAUCGCGAGUGUAGGAACCGCGUACGAUUGAGGACUCGUUAUUUGCCCAGUCGGUGUUGUCAAAAACGAAGGCCGGCAAACAUUCGCCGCUCGCCUCGUGGUAGCCCUGCCGGGCCACGUUGCUAUGCGUAUUUAAACCAGGUGUCGCAAUAAGUACGUGUAUGCUAAUUUAUACACGUCCUCUUUAAACAAAAAAAAGUAUCCAGCCACGGUAUGAAGUUGGAAUGUAUUUACGUUAUUUAUAAAUACUGCUUAUUUAAAUGACUUUGUUUUGUAUGAAACAAGACGGUGUCAAAAUAGUUAAUGUAAUUAUUUACAUUUGCAAGGCGCAUUUCAUCUGUAGAUCUCAAUGCGCAAACUUGGAGGUUUCUUCCACGUGACGACUGGCCGACUGAUUGCUGGAGCGGUAGCUUACUCCACACUGCAGUAAUAAAUAGACGGGACCGUUGUCAAAGCAGUUGGAAGUUUAUUUAACGUUACCGACUAAAUACUGGGAGGGUGAUGGCUCACGCCACUGGCUGCCGUGGGAAAUGCAGUGAGGAAUGGAGGUCAGAGCCGUUGACCGAAUUCUAGAAGUGUGGGGUAGCUGACUCCGUCAUGCAUUGACGGAGUCAUGGUGUCAAUACGGACCGAAUACUGGGGGUGGUAGUUAAUUCCGCUGACUGCGGUGAGAAACGCAGGGCAUGAGAGGAAUGGUCAGAGCUGUUGUCUAGACGUUUUGAUCGCUGUGACGCAACCAGCGCCACUGGCUGUUCCGUCGUCACAAGUAGACUGAGGGAGUGCAAAGAUCGAAAAGAAACUCAAGUUAACAACGGCGAGCACGAGCAAUAGGAAACCGUUCCUGAAACGCUCGGCGAGUAAUCGUGCGCUCAGCGAUGCUUACCGUCACGACGUCGUGAAGAGCAUUAUUCCCCUAAGUAUUAGUCCCUUUCGCCCAAAGAGCCCAUAUCUUAUUAUAAGGAAUGAACGGUGAACGCUUACAAAAAGAAAGUGUCUCAAUCAUCGUGGAUAAGUAACUGCCCAGUCCUCCACAGUGGGAAUCUUCCCAGCUUCCUUGGUGCAUGCAGUGAAUGCAGGGUUGCCACCUGCCCUGGGGAGGCUGCUGUCCUAGGAAAUGUCACCCCAGGACAUUAAAAGUCCGGGUUUUUAUCACCUGCUUGACACACACCGCUCAAGAAAAUGCAUUUACAUGUAGUUCCCAUUCUGGUAUUGUGCGAUAUUCUUCUCUACAUUAUAUAAUGCUGUUUUUUUUUAGUACCUCAAGAGGCGGGCAGCACUAGAGUGGGUGAGCUGCCGUCGUACAUAAUGACUGCGUGACACGCGCCCCGGUUUUAAAGUUGUUCUUCACUGCCUGCAAACCCGGCCCGCACUGGACCGUGAAGUCCCGGUGUCGGAAAAGCGUUGGCUUAGCUCGUUUGGUGAUGUUGCUGUCACCUCCUUCCCCACUGUGCUUCGGACAGCGGGAGAGUAACGGCGCAGCUUUCUCAAGUGUGCGCAGGCGUUGCAACUGCACCAAGGGCCAACGACGGGCUAGAGUGGCCCAGACGCCAGGGCCACAAAGAGAGGGGGAGGCAAUUGGGACAGGGGGUAGAGGUUAGGCCCUGUUUCAUAACUUGCACCAGGGCCCAAUGCCAACCGUGCUACGCCAACUGCUGGAGGGAAGCGUCGGAAGAUGUACCGCCACAAUUGUACCGAAGUCGAGUACUGUGAAAUAUUUAUUUAAACAAAAAUUAAUAAAUCUUCGUGUUGAAACUUGU